AUGUUGACCUUUGCCGUUCUUGCCACCCUCCUGGCCCAUGCAGCCGCCCAGGGGGCAGGCACAGAGCAGAGCGAGACGCACCCCAAGCUUACAUGGCAGACAUGCACCGGCAAGGGAAGCUGCACGUCCAAGAACGGAGAGGUUGUCAUCGACUCCAACUGGCGCUGGGUUCACGACAAGGCCGGCUACACCAACUGCUACACUGGCAAUGAGUGGAACAAGACCAUCUGCUCGGACGCGAGCACCUGCACCACCAACUGCGUGCUCGAGGGUGCCGACUACGAGCCGACAUAUGGCGUCAGCACCUCUGGCAAUGGCCUCAAGCUGAAGUUCACCCAGAAGAAUGACUAUGCAACCAACAUUGGUUCUCGUCUGUAUCUCAUGGAGAGCGCCUCCAAGUAUCAGAUGUUCACACUGAUGAACAAUGAAUUCGCCUUCGACGUGGAUCUCUCCACCCUCGACUGUGGCCUGAACGGUGCCUUGUACUUCGUGGCGAUGGACGCCGACGGAGGAACAGGGAAAUACUCGACUAACACGGCAGGCGCCAAGUAUGGCACUGGCUAUUGCGAUGCCCAGUGUGCCCGCGACCUGAAGUUUGUCGGCGGCAAGGCCAACGUCGAGGGCUGGAAGGCGUCGUCCAACGAUGCUAAUGCCGGUGUCGGUGACAUGGGCGGCUGCUGCGCCGAGAUGGACGUCUGGGAAUCCAACGCCCACUCUUCCGCUGUGACGGUUCACCCGUGUCAGAACAACAAGUACCAUGUCUGCCAGUCGUCUGGCUGCGGUGGAACAUACUCGGAUGAUCGCUUUGCUGGCGACUGCGACCCCAACGGGUGCGAUUUCAACCCAUACAGAAUGGGAGUCCAAGACUUCUACGGAAAGGGAAAGACGGUCGACACGUCCUCCAAGUUCACCGUCGUCACUCAGUUCAAAUCGAGCGAAGUCUACCAGUUCUUCGUCCAAAACGGGAAGAAGAUCGACAUGCCCGAAACGACCGUCUCUGGCGUCUCAGGAAACAGGCUCAACGAAGAUUUCUGCAAGAACAUGUUCACGGCCUUUGGCGACCGCGACAGGUUCAACGAGGUCGGUGGCUGGUCGGCCUUCAACUCGGCCCUCUCCGCACCCAUGGUGCUGGUCUUGUCGCUGUGGGAUGAUCACUACGCGAACAUGCUCUGGCUCGAUUCCAGCUACCCGCCCGAGAAGGCCGGCCAGCCCGGCGGUGACCGCGGCGACUGCCCCCAGAGCUCCGGCGUCCCCAAGGACGUUGAGAGCAAACUGGCUGAUGCUACUGUUACUUACAGUAACAUCCGCUUCGGCCCGAUUGGCUCGACCGUCGAUGUGUAAGCCGUUGGAUC